CAUUAGUGAGAACCGACACGACCGAAGAAGAAGAAGGAGCGAUACUCAACAACACCUUCUACUAGAUAUACAGUUGUUAUUUAAUGUUUUAAGUGGUGUACAAACCAUUAGAGAAAGAUGCGUCUAUUUCUGUUGCUGACGGUGAUAUAUUCGAGUGUCAGUCACAGUACGAGCUUGAGGUCUUUAAGGAAUACUGGACACAACCAGGAAGACGUAACUAAAAACUUGAACAUCGCCGUAGUUUACCCGAUCAAUGGCACAGGAGGAUGGCUGGGUGGCCAAGGAUGUCAACCGGCGGCUACAAUGGCUCUUGAAGAUGUCAACAACUUACGUAAUCUCCUGCCUGGAUACAGACUAUGGAUACAUUCGAGGGACAGUGGGUGUAAUCCUGGACUUGGUGCGAACGCCCUCUACGAUCUUCUUUACAAUCUACCUAUUAAACCUAUAUUAAUGUGUGGCUGUAGUAUCGUCUGUUCUACCGUGGCAGAAGCUGCAAAGAUGUGGAACUUGGUGGUGGUAUCCUAUGGUUCCAGUUCUCCAGCUCUUUCGAAUCGCAAACGUUUCCCGACUUUCUUCCGAACACACCCAUCUGCCACGAUCCAUAAUCCGACACGUAUUAAAUUGUUUCAGAAGUUUAGAUGGUCUCGGAUCGCCAUCAUCCAGGAAGCAGAGGAAGUCUUUAUGUCGACUGGUGAAGACCUAGAAGAACGUUGUAAGGAGGCUGGUAUCGAGAUUGUAACGAGACAGAGCUUUCUCACAGACCCAACAGACGCAGUCAGAAACCUAGUGAGACAAGAUGCACGAAUUAUUGUUGGAAUGUUUUACGGAGCUGCCGCUAGGAGGGUUAUAUGCGAGGCCUACAAACAGAAAGUCUACGGUAAACAGUACGUCUGGUUUUUGAUUGGCUGGUAUGAAGACGACUGGUACACCAUUCAGGAACGUGGUUACAAUUGCAGUGUCGAACAAAUGAAAGAGGCUUUAGAGGGACACUUCACCACAGAAGCACUGAUGAUGAAUCAAGGCAAUGAACGUACCAUUUCUGGAAUGACAUCAGAGGACUUUCUUAGACGUUAUAAAGAAGCUUUAACGAAUUUCGGCUAUGUCGAUCGAUUACCCGAGGGACACCAGGAGGCGCCACUAGCUUAUGAUGCAGUAUGGGCUGUAGCCUUAGCCCUAAACAAAACUAUUAGAAGACUGUCUGAAAUGGGCAUGUCAUUGGACGAUUUUACGUAUGAAAACUCAAAAAUUGCUCGAGAGAUUUAUUCAGCUAUGAACACAACUCAAUUUCUGGGCAUUUCGGGUCAUGUUGCCUUUUCUUCUAAAGGAGAUCGUAUUGCUUUAACACAAGUGGAACAGAUGAUAGAUGGCGAGUACAAUCUGCUUGGUUACUACGACACCCAGAUGGACAAUUUGACCUGGUUCAAGAAGGAACAGUGGAAAGAUGGUCGACCACCCCCUGACCGGACGAUAAUUAGGCAUACCCUAAGGACAGUUUCUUCGAGUUUGUUCAUCAGCAUGUGUGUUGUUUCUUUUAUCGGCAUUGUCUGGGCCAUUGCAUUAUUGUUUUUUAACUGGGCUUUCCGUACGUCCAGAUACAUCCAGCUCUCGCAUCCAAUGUGUAACAACAUAAUUUUAGUGGGAAUCGUUAUAUCUUUACUGUGUGUCUGCCUUCUGGGACUAGAUGGCAAGUUUGUAGGUCCUGGAGGUUAUGGAUAUCUAUGUCAGGCGAGAGCUUGGCUGUUGAGUAUAGGCUUCACACUGUCGUACGGAGCCAUGUUUUCGAAGAUCUGGCGCGUUCAUCGACUUACAACUAAAUCAACCAAUGAGAGUAAGAAGGUACAAAGUUGGAAGCUCUAUGCCCUGGUGGGAUUUCUUUUCUUCUUGGAUAUCUUGAUUCUUAUUGUAUGGCAGGCCACAGACCCUCCGAAGAGAAAACUGGAACAGUUUCCUCUGGAGGAUCCAGAAAUUCUGGACGAGGACAUCAAGAUUCAACCAGAGUUAGAACACUGCGAGUCCGACAACAAUGCUAUUUGGCUUGGACUAAUGUACGGAUAUAAAGGUCUACUGCUUAUUUUUGGCAUUUUUCUCGCCUACGAGACCCGCAGCAUAAAGAUUAAACAACUGAAUGAUUCGAGACUAGUGGGAAUGUGCAUUUACAACGUUGUGGUUCUCUGUCUUAUUACCGCUCCUGUAACCCUAGUUAUCAGCAGUCAACAAGAUGCAACUUUUGCUUUUGUCGCUUUAGCUAUUAUUUUUUGCAGUUUUCUGUCCAUGGCUCUUAUUUUUGUCCCCAAAGUUAUUGAACUGGUCAGACGACCUAAAGAACGAACUGAUGCCAGAAAUCUUACUGACACAAUUACGACGAAAGAAGAAGAAGAGCGCCACCAACGUCUGUUAGCCGAAAACAACGAUUUGAAGAGACAGAUAUCGGAAAAAGAAGAGCAAAUCAAACUCCUGAAUCAAGCUCUACGAGAGAAGAAUGCACUGAGAUAUUCUCAUGGAACGGCCUCUAGCGGUGAGAGAGUGCGAAUCACUUUGCCGGUUCAGUAUGCGGACGGUGUGAUGCUAUCGCCAAAAGAAAAGGUUGUUAUCGACCCAGUUUCUGAUUCUGGUUACGUCACAGGCACUUCGUGCUCCAUGGCUCGAGGAUCCAGAGCUUCGCAUUCCGACUUCGAGUUUUCGGAGUCUUACCUGUGAUACGUAGUAUAAGCUGUAUUUGAUUUUAGUAAAAUGUGCUACCUCUA